AUGAACAUCACAGCCACUAUUAGCUCAAUCAACAGUGCCUCAAUCAUAGAUAUUGCCCAAUAAAAAUCAGGGCUCACUUUAGACUUUGUUGUUUCAUGAGCAAAAAUGGAGAACUGUCACCAAAGCUUGCCUUGGCCUGGUUUCAAUGGUGCAACAAGCAAUGAAUAUUCUUCUUUCAUAGAGCCAUGGCCAAUCGAGCCUCAUUUCUUGGCUCAGUGCCACGGUUUCCCUCCGUCAACCCCGACGCCAGAUAAAGCCACGACUGUUUCCAAGAGCCAUAGCGAAGCCGAGAAGAGGCGGAGGGAUCGGAUUAACGCGCAGCUUGCAGCUUUGAGGAAACUGAUUCCCAAGUCUAACAAGAUGGAUAAAGCAGCAUUACUAGGAAGUGCAGUAGAGCAAGUCAAGGAUCUAAAGAUAAAAGCAACAGAGAUCAGCAAAGCCUUCACUAUACCGACCGAAACCGAUGAAGUGACGAUCGAAUGUGAGGUUUCGGAAGGCAAGAUGUUGAUCAGGACUUCGGUGUGUUGUGAUGAUCGGCCGGAAGUGUUUGCGGAGCUGGUCCGAGUGCUGAAAGGGCUGAGGUUAAGCAUCGUAGACGCGGAGAUUACAAGUGUUGGUGGAAGGAUCAAAAGCGAAUUGAUGGUUUGUGAUAAUAACAUCGAUAAAGAGGGCGUUUCGGUUUCGAUGAGCACACUGAAACAGUCGUUGAACGUCCUUGUAAACAGGAUUAAUGCUUUAUCAUCGGAUGCAUCCAAAUCCAAUUGUCGGAUAAGAAGCAAAAGACAAAGGAUGUUCUUGCCUUCCAACUUUCCUCAAUGAACUAUAUAUAUAUAUAUCAGUAAAUUCAAAAUUACAUCACUAACUUUGUUU